AUGACUUCCCAAUAUGCUGGAGAGCUCUGUACGCUCCUUGUCGAAGAUAACUUUGGGGAACUGUUUGCGCGCAUUUUCUCGACACUAAAUCGCUAUGAUCGACUUUCCUUUCCCCGGCUGAAAUUCUACUCUCGUCUCUCCAACGCCCAGCUUCGUCAUGGUCUCGCAGCCAUGAUUCAACAACACCUUGUCUACCACUACACGUCCUACGAUGACGGCAUUACGUACUACGAGCCCAACAUGCAAUCCGCAUACUAUCUCAUCCGAUCCGGGAAGAUUUUGGAGCUUAUAGAACAUCGAUUGGGAAAAUAUGCCGCCACUGUUAUGUCGACGAUUAUGUUUCUUGGCCAUGCGCAAGUCGGCUAUCUUGACACCCUUCCGGCUCUAAGACCUUCGAAUUCCGAUGUCGAUAGAGCCACCGAGGAGCAUGAGGUAAUUCAGGAAACCGAAGAGUAUCAAGGAGAGGAAGCACACCAGGAAACUGACGAACAUGGGGAAGCUGAAGACCGACGGAAUGGGCUCAAUAGUGAUUAUACUCUUGCUGAACAUCCCGCUCUUCUUCAUCCGACUUUAAAAGCUUUGGCAGGGCAUGGUUACAUAUUACGCGUCAGGGAUGCUCAAUUUCAAAGCUAUGCCGACAACGCUUUGGAUGCGGAGCGCACAAUCAAGUCAAGACCGGACAUUAAAGCCCUCAAGGGAAAGAAACUAGAGGAGGCUGUUACAGAGGGGACGCUAGAAUUGCUCCGAGAACGGUUGGACGGAGAUCUCACUCGCGGGUUGAUGUUUAAUGGAGUACCCCGAGGAGCUAAACGAAGACAUACCACUGGAGCUACCGGGACGCCUAAUAAAAAGGCGCGAGCUGACUAUGCUGCUGUCGACGAGGAUGAGGACGGUGAAGACGAAAACGAGUGGUCAGACGAUGACUUCGGUGAAGACACAAUACCCAUGGAGUCCGGUAUCACUGUACGCAUAAAUUAUGAAAAAUUGGAUGUGGCUCUCCGGAAUCGCCGUUUUUUGGAACUUGCAGAGCGGGACUCGUCUCCCGUGACAGCCGAAGUUUACGAAUGUCUUCUACGACGUAUCGAAUACCAGACAGCGAAAUGCCGAGAUACUACUGAAAUCCCUCGCGAGGGAGAGGAGGGCGAACAUUAUUCUGUGCCAGUUCCUCUAAGAGCAGUGGUAGAGGAUGUCGACCUGUUGCUGGACCUGGCAGGAUCGGUUGGUCCCAUGGAGGUCUCUCAACCUAUAAACAGGCGCGGCAAGCGACUGUUGGAAGAAAACGCGAAUGGUGUAGCCCAUGAUGAGAUCAACGGGACGCAAUCAGAUGGAAACCGUACUUACGAAGUCGACCAGCAUCUCUGCCUUCUAGCUCAGCCACCUUAUAGCCUCACAUCAAAACGCAUGGUUUCGGGCCUAAUCACCUGGACUGUCGAGUUCCGUCACCUGGCACGCAAGCUUCGUCAUCUUGAACUGGAACGUAUCAUCGAAGCGAGAUACGGCGAUGUUGCAUUACGGGUUGUCCGUGUACUCCAUGACAAGGGCAAACUAGAUGAGAAACGUCUACAGGAAAUUAGCCUUCUUCCAUUCAAAGACCUACGCCAGGUUCUCGCCAGCAUGCAGACGGGUGGGUUCGUCGACUUACAGGAAGUGCCACGAGACGCACUGCGACAGCCUUCAAAAACCAUUUUUCUCUGGUUCUAUGAUCCCGACCGUGUCAGUAAUAGUGUCCUAGAGGAUACGUACAAGGCAAUGUCUCGAUGUUUGCAGCGCCUGCGGUUCGAGCGGAAUCGGUUGAAGGAAUUUCUUGAGAAGACAGAGCGAAGCGAUGUCAAGGGCAAUGAGGAACGAUACUUGUCUGAAGCAGAAUUAGUAUUACUCGAACAAUGGAGGGCGAAAGAGGCACUCUUGCUGGGAGAAGUGGCCCGGUUAGACGACAUGGUGGCCGUGAUGAGGGACUACUGA